CCCUCUGCAAGCCCUGGAGUCCGCGUGCAGGGCCGGGAAACGGCGGCGAGGGGCGCGCAGUGGACACCCUCUUUGGUUAAUAUCACACUCUCACCGUGCAACUUGUAGUUACACUGUGGGGGUGGAACACUCGAGGCGGGCUCUAGUCAGCUGUUGCUUCCACGUGGAAAGGGCAAUUCAGGGACAAGAGGUGGGAUGAAACCUGGCCAGACCCACGUGUUCCACCGAGGUGCGGGUCCCGGCCGCGAGGGGUGGCCGGGGGACUGGGGCUCGGACUCCAGAGGCUCUUGCCGCCUAUUGUCCCGGGUUCGAACCUGACACAAGGCGUUUCCAGCUUGGGACCCGACACUUAUGGAGGGUGUGGGCGGAGUUGGGCGGUGGGGUCGGGAGCGCAAGGAAAAGUCGCUUCGUCCCCCUCCGGGCUCGGUUGCCCCGUAAAACGCAAGGAAACACACUUGCUAGUCUCUCCGGCCGCCAGGGGCGAUGAGACAUAGAGCGCUGCGGCGGCCGUGGCCUCCUGGAGCCGGGCCACCCCUGGCCCUGACCCCUAGUCCCCAGACUGGAGCUGUCCCGAGCCGGCGGGGGCGAGGCGGCCGCGCGGGGACGCUCGAGAGGCGCCGCCCCGGCCGGGGUUGCCCCGCGCCCCGCCCUGGUGUGAUAACUUGGGCUCCUCCUCCUCGUCGUCUUCCUCCCCCUGCCGGUCACAUCUCCGGGAACCGAGCCCUAGCCCUGCCUCCCGGACACAGCGACGCUCACGUAGUCUGGUGGUGGCGGCCUCCCCUGCCACCUCCCUCCGGACUCUCCGAUGCAGCGAGCGGGCUGGAGAGGGGGCCUCCCCGCGGCCCAAAAGGGUCCUAGCCUAUGCGUCUAACCCAAUGAUGGCCGUGGACAUCGAGUGCAGAUACAGCUGCAUGGCCCCUUCCUUGCGCAGAGAGAGGUGCACCUUCAAGAUCUCCCCGAAGCCCAGCAAGCCUCUAAGGCCUUGUAUUCAGUUAAGCAGCAAGAACGAAGCCAGUGGCAUGGUGGCCCCGACCGUCCAGGAGAAGAAGGUGAAGAAGCGAGUGUCCUUCGCAGACAAUCAGGGGCUGGCCCUGACAAUGGUCAAAGUGUUCUCGGAGUUCGAUGACCCGUUAGAUAUUCCGUUUAACAUCACCGAGCUCCUAGACAACAUUGUGAGUCUGACGACAGCAGAGAGCGAGAGCUUUGUUUUGGAUUUCUCACAGCCUUCAGCCGAUUACUUAGACUUUAGAAAUCGGCUUCAGACCGACCGCGUGUGCCUUGAAAACUGCGUCCUGAAGGACAAAGCAAUCUCGGGCACAGUGAAGGUGCAGAACCUCGCCUUUGAGAAGAUGGUGAAAAUCAGAAUGACAUUUGACACUUGGAAAAGCUUCACAGACUUUCCCUGUCAGUAUGUGAAGGACACUUACGCCGGUUCAGACAGGGACACGUUCUCCUUUGACAUUAGCUUACCCGAGAAAAUUCAGUCCUAUGAAAGAAUGGAGUUUGCUGUGUGCUAUGAGUGCAACGGACAGGCAUACUGGGACAGCAACAAAGGCAAAAACUAUAGGAUCAUCCGGGCUGAACUGAAAUCCGCUCAGGGGACAGCCGAGCAACAGAACGGACCAGAUUUCGGAAUAUCCUUUGACCAAUUCGGAAGCCCUCGGUGUUCCUAUGGUCUGUUCCCAGAGUGGCCUAGUUAUUUAGGAUACGAAAAGCUGGGGCCCUACUAUUAGUGACUGCACGUGACAGAGCCUGGCUGAGUGGGUGCAGACAAGCCUCAACGCAGUCACCGUGGGAUGGAGGUGGAAGCCAAGAGAAAAGUUGAACUGCCAUUAGGCACAGUUUUUGAAAAGAAAGGAUCCUGUUUACUUUUUUCGUAAACCAGCAAAACCAGCCAGGUUUAGAUCACAAAACCGGUUUCACACUCAGAGUGGAUGUGGUGUGCCAGCUGCUUGGUGCCCGUGGCAGCCACCAGGGGCAGAGCAGGAUGUGCGGGACAGGAUCUGGGCAGGAACCAGGCCUGCAGGCAGUGCUGGCGAGGCUGGAGGAUGGUGGCUUAACAGGGCAACCCAGAGUGUGCCAGGCUGCCCUGGGGAGCUGCUCCUCUCCCCUCGGAUGUGGCAAGUCAGUCGCCUCAUAGUCACUCCGUCCCCAGCCACCUCCCAUCGGAUCCGCACCGUUCGUCUUCGGGUGUUCUCCGCCCAGCCAGGCCCUUCCUGCCUGCUGCUGCCGUUCCGUGUCUACUUCACACUUUGUGCAUUUUUUUGCAUCUUAUUUUCUUCCACAGUUCAUCUGAUGUUCAGGAAAAGAUAAUAAAGGCAAAUCAGCCUGUGACUGAGACAGACAUUUCCUCUUUCUGACCCCACAUGUAUACUCCAGCAGGGAAUGGCACACCAGUUAUCGAACGUAACUGGCUCCUGUGCGGUGUUACAGAUGGCAGGGGUGUGACAAAGCGGGACAGUCAGGAGUAGGACGCUGUUAGCUUUUCCUCUUGGCUUUUGAGGGAGCUUUCUAAGUACUCACUCUUAGCCUGAGUCACCAGACGGCUCAAUUACAUGAUUUGUGUUAACUUGCUCAGCGGGUUUGCAGCAUCUUGUUCUUCACAAAAGGAUUUUAGAAUCGCCUUUCCUGGAGAAUCAUCUUUUAUGCUGUGUUCAGGACAUUUUGAUUUGCAGAUCCCAUAUAUCCUCAAAGCCUUCCGAAGAGGUUUGGUUUUACUUUGACUGUGAUUUACAAUAUCCAGGACAGUUUCCAAGCACCCUGGGACGUUGGUUUGGGUGUUCUUAUUUAUGGUGUGUAGGAUGUAAAGGGAGAGGGGAGAGAAACCUCAGCAAGUUCUCAUACUUUAUUUUCAGUGUUUGCCUACUCUGAAAUAAUCAGAGGUUAGUUGUUCUUAACCAUAUUGGACUAAAGAAUUAAGAGUCUGUUGGUUCGCACUGUGAUAAGACGACUCGGACUCAUUGUCAGAUGGAUCCUCAAAUCCUGUGAUUUUUCUGGGGCAAGAUUGUUUUGUACUUGGGGGUGUUUGAAAAACAUUUCUACAUGUGUAUUUGUAGAAGGUUGGGUUUUUUUCUGUUUUGUUUUUGUUUUUGGAGCUCAGUUAAAUGACUGUCUCAUUUUCCUUUUGCCUGAUCUUAGUAAAGCGAGGUUUUCCUAAGGGAGGCAGGAGGAGGAAUGCACAGCUGCCUGGAUUUGGGGCACAGCUGCUGGACUCUGCAAGCAUUUUCACUUGCAUUUUCCAGAUCAAUCAGAAUAUCAGUGUUGGGCAGGUAUGGAGUGUCUUGCCUCCUAGAGUUUUGUCGUUGGGUUUUUUUUUCCUCCUUUUUUGAACUUAAAAAUGUUUUGACUUUUUAAAUGCUAUUAAGUGGUAGUCAAUAGAAUUCUUGUUCCUAAAACUGGCUGUCACUCGUCUGCAAUCCAGUGCUUUAUUUUUUAUGCCUCUCCCAGGUGGGUGACACUCGGGGAUUACAUGAUAAUAUCAUUUAUGGGAAAAUCACAUUUUUAUCUUAUGCUGAAAUUGGGCAGAACUGUGUUUUAUCUAAGCAUAUCUUACCCAUCAAGAACACAGACAGUACUUUCAAUGUUACAGAUCUGUUGAUCGAAACUAUUAAGAGUGUAAAUCUAAGUGGAAUGGAAGCAAAACUGAUUUUAUAUAGGUCAUUAAUUUAUCUUGUUUUAAAAAGGCCCCUCCCUCCUCCUGCAAUUCAGGAAAGGUACAGGGUGCACUGUCAUUUACAUGUUGCCAGACUAAAGGUAAUGAGAUCAUUCUAUGUUCAUAAAAACAAAUGUCUCAAGUGACUCCUUGGUUUUCAGUAAUAACGAUCUUAAGACAUUCUGUGUCAAAAUUUGAUAUAUGGUAAUCCAGUGAUAAGUAUCUCUUUUAAAACACCAUAAAUCCUCCUCUCUACCCUUCUUUGCUCCCAGCUGACUGCAGCUUUUUUGCUGGGGGCACUGGUUGCAAGCCCCCCCGGCAGUGCACCUGGGAUGCUCGUCCCACCAGGCAAGUCCUCACCUGCUUGCAAAGACCCUUCAUGACUAAAGAAUCCAGUUGCCCGACUUCCCCAUCAGCAUCAUCAUUCAUUGAGGUGGCAGCGUCUGAAGAAGACUGUCUUCUCUGUACCAAUCAAUCUGUCUCCUUUUGGCCCAGUUCUGUCCCAGGAUGUGAACAGAUGGCCUCAGGAACUGCUUCGAUGGAAGCUCUCUUUAUUUUACAGCUCACCACACCUCAGAGAGAGACAGGUUUCUUAGUUGGAGACUUCACUGCAGCCUGACUUGUAGGUUGGACCCUCAGACAGCUCCUGGUUAUGAUGACAAAUGGCCCUCGGUCCCAGAAGGACCAGCCUCCUGCCCCUGGUGCAGUUGUCCAGAAAUGGGGAAGCAGCUCCAUUUUUGUUUCAUGUUUAUUCCCCCAAAUGCCCUGGGGGGCAUUUGCAAAUUAGGUGCAAUACAUAGGCUGGACUAUAUAAAGAUAAAUAAUAAAUAAGCUUUUAAUGUUUCUUGGAAGAUAUGAAACAUUUGAGUGGGGUUUUUUUUUUUUUUAGGUAUUCUUGUUGUAGGGGAGCUGGUGAGAAAUAAUGGAGUUGUGUAGUUCUCCAGAAAUUGAAACGAUGUUAGAGUCAAGGUAGAAUUUAUUUUAUCUCUAAGAUUUAAUUUUAACGGUGGCAAAACAUUACUCUUUCAGUAUGCUUUUUUAAAGAAGUAAAUUUCGAACUUCUAAAAGAA